CUGAGCGACCGUCUUCUUUCCCGCAGACCACUUCUAGCCGAACUCGGUUCCCGACAAUCGUCAACCCCAGCUUCGCCCGGAAGCGCCAUCGAAAAUGAGCGCUCCUCCUCCUCCUGCCGUCAACGGUCCUUCGCGACCUCCUGCCCGUCCUCCCGUCAUUCGACGCCAGGGCAACGUUAAUCCCUUGGUAGCGAGAAAGCCUCCGAGACCGAAACCGGCGUUCUCACGACCACAGAAACAAGAGGCACCCAAAGAUCCUGAUGAGCCAACUCCAGAGCAGAAGGAAGCGCUGAGGAAGCUAGCGCUACAACGCCAGCAGAAUGGCGGCUGGACCGAAAAACCGCCAGACACUUACCAGGAAUUCCCCUUGGUCAUGACAAAGCGGUCGAUGCUCGAGGGCAUACGGCAUCAUAUCAUGCGCAUGACCAAGGCCAAGGGAGACGGCACGGUUGACGUGACGAAUCAAGACCAAUUUCCCCGCCCUGUUACCCUGCUUCGACGCGAUCCUAGACUCCCGCCUGCCCAUCGCAUGGCCGUGAAAGAGGAGCCUGCUGCUCCCGUGGAUCCUGCCGAAGCCGCCGAGUUUGAGCGUCUCCGACAGCUUAAGGCUGACAAGGAGGCCCAGCGUGCUUUGGACCAGGCCCAGAUUGCCCCAGUUAUCAGGACCAAUGAGCCGAAGCCAAAGCCGAACCAUAACAAGAAGGAAAAGAUGACGUCCUUUUACGGCCGGAAUUCGGAUGCGCAAAAGAAAGAAUCCAAGAUCCACUACGAGGAGACAUGGCCGUGGCACCUCGAGGAUGCCGAGGGCAAGUCGGGUGUGUGGGUGGGAUCUUACGUUGCCGCUCUCUCGGACAUCCAUGUCGGGCUCGUUAUUGAUGGUGCCCGCUUCCGCAUGAUCCCGCUUGAACGGUUCUACAAGUUCGACGAGAAGCCCAGGUUCAACACGCUGUCCCUCGAAGCCGCGGAGAAAAUGAUGUACGAGGUCAAGCAAAUUAAGCGCUGGGCUAUGAAAGAGAAAGAGGACGAGCAGCUGGAGAAAGAAAAGAACGAGACGAGGAAUUUCUUGCGCGGGCCCACCCGUGUUAAAACUGAGAGCGCAACUUCCCGCAUGUCUCGCAGGGAAGAGAGGGAGGACGAUUUUGAGCUUGACAUUUCCGGUGAUGAGUUUCAAGACGAUGAUGAAACACCAGGCUUUGAGGCAGAUGAUGAGGAUACCAAGGAGUCCAAGACUCGCAUCCGCCGCGAGCAGGUCUCCGCCAACACGUUUGGAGAGGGUGAAGAGGACAAAGUCGAGCAAGAGGAGCGAGAAAGGCAACUGGAGAAGCUGAAGCGCAAGAUGAUGGGCAAACAAACCAUCAAAAGUUUGAAGAAGCUUGAGCAUACUAUGGACUACGCCGACGAGUCGGAAAGCGACGACAACAAUCCUUUUACCGAUCAUGAGGACACCGAUGAGGAGUCCGAGUCGUCGGACGAGCGCAAAGAAGACGAAGAGUCCAAAAAGACUGAGCAGGGCGCCUCCGGACCCAAUACUAAAGGUAACACAACGCCAUCCGGGAAGCAGAAAGCCGUCGAAGCAGUCAAAAAGGGCAAGCUCAAGCGGCCUGGCUCACCGAAUAUGACCGACUCGAGCGACAAUGAGGCGGCCCGCAAGAGGGUCAGGACCGGAAAGGGAUCCGUUACCGCCAGCCGAGCCGCCACCCCGCUUCCCGGCCGGCCGAAACCAUUAGGCGCUGCCACAAGCGAUGGUGAAGUCACGGCCGGAGAGGCGUCGGAUGCGGGUGCCAUGCUGAAAAAGAAGCUCAAAAUCAAGCCCGGUGCGCGCCCUGGCGGCACGCCAUCAGGCUCAAGGGCAGUUAGCCCUGCUCCAGCCGCAUCCCAAGGCCCUAGCAAGGUCGGCAGUGCGACGCCCAGUGGUUCGCCGCCUCCUGGCGCGGCCGCGGAUAGUAAAAUACAGCCCUCCGAGAUUGUUGAGUCGCUCGCGCCUUAUGCUGAGCAGGGCAUCACCCUGGGCGACCUGCUGCGCAAGUUUCGUGGCAGGAUCGAUAGGCCGGGCGGUACCACGAAAGCCGAGUGGAUUCAGAUGGUUAAGGCCCAAUCAGUGUAUGAUACGAAGUCCAAGCUGCUGCGCCCUAAGACUAGUAUCGAGUCGCCGCAGGCGUGAUCAGGGUAGGACAUGCCUAGGCUGAACCGGACUUGAUGGGACCGGAUUUGAUGCCUGUCUGCGGACUAGAUGAAACAAUUGGCACCCGCGUGGGCGUGGGUACUACUCAGGGGCUUUGGUAUUAUAGAAUAGGUCAGUGUAGGCCCCUGGCACAGAUUGAUGCCAUCUGGUAGCGAAGAUCUGCCUAGCUCUCAUCACGAUUCCAGGAACAUGGAACCAAGAAGGAUACUGAUGGA